AUGAGCCUCCCGUCUAUCAGAAUAGCUUCGUCAGCUGCUUCUAGGGCUGUGAACCUUCUCCGGGCCAUCCAGUUUACCCAUCCUCCAAAUUGCCCCUGCCAUUCUAACCCCACCCAUCACCAUCACCAUCGACAUAAGUCUCUGAUAUCCCAACACAUCCGCAACCUCGCAACACCCAUAGAUCCCGCACACCAGAAGGAAUAUGCUUUCGAAAUGGCCGCAUCGAGCAUCAGGUUUGGCCCAGGGUCCACCAAGGAGGUUGGUAUGGAUUUCAAGAACCUGGGUGCCAAACGGGUCUGUGUCGUGACAGAUCAAAACAUUGCCAAACUUGAUACUAUGGAGCAUGUAAUCGAGGCCCUCACAAAAGAAGGGGUGGCAUUCACAGUCUACGAUAAAGUGCGCGUGGAGCCAAAGGAUUAUUCAGUCAAGGAUGCCAUUGCCUUUGCAAAACCUUAUAAUGCCGAUGCUUUUCUGGCCGUGGGUGGUGGAUCCGUCAUUGACACGGCAAAGCUCAUGAAUCUGUACUGCGUCAACCCCGAAGCCGAUUUCCUGGACUUCGUAAAUGCACCUCUUGGCAAAGGACUGCCAAUUGCCACGCAUCUGAAGCCCCUGAUUGCCGUACCCACCACUGCUGGCACUGGCUCUGAAACUACAGGGACGGCGAUUUUCGAUCUUGUUUCGAAGAAAGCAAAGACGGGCGUUGCACACAGAAAUAUGAAACCUACACUUGGUAUCUGUGACCCUCUCAACACGCGAACUAUGCCGUCCCAGGUACAUUCCUCCUCCGGUCUGGAUGUCCUCUGCCAUUCGCUUGAGUCGUGGACCGCGAUCCCUUACAACGAAAGAAUCCCACGCCCUUCCAACCCAAUUAACCGACCAGCUUACCAGGGUGCAAACCCAAUCUCAGAUAUCUUUUCCUUGCAGGCGCUGCGCAGUACCGUAAAAUACCUUCCCCGUGCGGUGAAGGACCCAGACGAUAGCGAAGCACAAAGCCAAAUGCUGCUCGCUGCAACGUUAGCUGGCAUCGGCUUCGGAAAUGCGGGGGUUCAUUUGUGCCACGGAAUGAGCUACCCAAUCUCUGGGCAAAAUCCGGGCUAUAAGCACCCAGGAUAUGCUGUGGGUCACGAUAUAAUCCCCCAUGGCGUUUCUGUUGCGGUAACUGCACCAGCCGUUUUCAAAUUCACUGCGGCAAGCAACCCGGACCGUCACUUAGUCGCAGCGGAAGCAUUCGGGAAGGAUAUCUCCAAUGUAAAAAGAGAGAGCGCUGGAGAGUUGCUGAGUGAAACAAUAGCAGAGUUUCUGAUCGGGUUGGGUGACCAGCCACGAGGGUUGAAGGCUCUUGGGUUUAAUUCCAGCAAUGUGGACGAUCUGAUCGAAGGAACCAUUCCGCAACAGCGGGUUCUGAACUUAGCCCCUACGCUGAGUAAAGAGCUGGGAGCAGAAAGAGAAGAAUUAAGGAAGCUUUUCGAGGACUCCAUGGAGUAUUAG